AGGAGGGUGCUUUCUUUUUAUUUUUUUUAUUUUUCUUUUUUUUCCCUCCUUUUAAUGAAUUGCCUUGCAGGAGGGACUGCAAAUACAGCUUCUUCCUGAAUCCACGGGCAGAGUUACUAGAGAGCUCAAGACACAACACUGCAGAGUAACGCCUUGGAAUGUCCUCGCACUUUAUAAACAAUUGUACUGGGGAGGGAAUAUUUUUACAUGACAUUUGCACAGCUUGACAAAUGGCAAGCUGAGGCUGUGUGCUCUUCUGACGAACAUUGAUUUUUCACAUAGAGAUACCCCACAAACUGACCAAAGAGAGAUAUCUGACCGUACUGGAAAAGUAGAAGUGGAACUUGGAGCCUUAAAAAAACAAACAAAGAGCUGCAGUUAAGUGAAGAGAGCAAGAUUUCGAUGUUGGGCAUGAUGGCAUCUGCCCAGGACCUUUUAAUUCUGGCACUAUGUGGCUUGUUACUAGAGUUACCGGCUGGAUGUCACGCAACAGAUACGAGACAGCCAAGGUUACGUCUGUCACAUAAAGAGCUCUGGGAUUUAAACAGGACGUCAGUCUUUCAUAGCCCGUUUGGAUAUCUUGGUCUUCAUAUAAUGCUCCUGGAUGAGUAUCAAGAGCGACUGUUCGUGGGAGGAAGAGACCUCUUGUACUCCCUCAGUUUGGAUCGAAUCAGCAACAACUACCGAGAGAUCCAUUGGCCUAGUACACCUCUUCAAGCAGAAGAAUGCAUAAUUAAAGGAAGAGAUGCUGAUGAAUGUGCUAAUUACAUCCGUGUCCUUCACCGAUACAAUAGAACACAUCUUCUGGCCUGUGGAACAGGAGCUUUUGAUCCAGUUUGUACCUUUGUAAGAGUAGGACAUCCAUCAGAGGAUCAUCUGUUUCAACUGGAAUCGCACAAAUUUGAGAGAGGACGAGGCAGGUGCCCUUUUGACCCUACUUCUUCCUUCACUUCCAUCUUAAUUGGUGGUGAACUUUUUACUGGUCUCUAUAGUGACUACUGGGGAAGAGAUGCUGCUGUCUUUCGCACCAUGAAUCGUAUGGCACAACUCCGAACAGAACCAGAUAGUGAGCGCCUGUUGAAAGAACCGAAGUUUGUUGGCUCAUACAUGAUUCCUGACAAUGAAGACCACGACGAUAACAAAGUGUAUUUCUUCUUUACUGAAAAAGCAUUAGAGGCUGAGACAAGCACUCAUGCCAUUUACACCAGAGUGGGACGUGUGUGUGUGAAUGACAUGGGAGGACAGCGAAUGCUUGUGAAUAAAUGGAGCACUUUCCUCAAAACCAGACUAGUUUGUUCUGUGCCUGGGAGAAAUGGAAUUGAUACGCAUUUUGAUGAAUUAGAGGAUGUGUUUUUGCUGCAAACUCGUGAUAACAAAAAUCCAGUGAUAUUUGGCCUCUUCAGCACUACAAGCAAUAUAUUUAGAGGAUAUGCUAUAUGUGUUUACCAUAUGGCAAGCGUCCGAGCAGCCUUCAAUGGACCAUAUGCUCAUAAAGAAGGACCAGAAUACCACUGGGCUCUAUACGAAGGGAAAGUACCUUAUCCUAGACCUGGUUCAUGUGCCAGCAAAGUAAAUGGUGGUCUGUACACUACCACCAAAGACUAUCCUGAUGAAGCUGUCCAUUUUGCCAGGAGUCAUCCAUUGAUGUAUCAGCCCAUCAAGCCUGUUCAUAAGAGACCAAUUCUAGUAAAAGCAGAUGGGAAGUACAACCUUAAGCAAAUAGCUGUGGACAGAGUGGAAGCUGAAGACGGGCAAUAUGAUGUGUUGUUCAUUGGCACAGAUAAUGGAAUUGUGCUGAAAGUCAUUGCAAUUUACAAUCAAGAGACAGAAUCAAUGGAAGAAGUGAUUCUUGAAGAGCUGCAAGUAUUCAAGGUGCCAAUUCCUAUUAUUUCCAUGGAAAUCUCUUCAAAAAGGCAACAGCUCUACAUUGGAACUGAAUCAGUUAUAGCACAAGUGAAGUUUCACCAGUGCGACAUGUAUGGCACAGCCUGUGCUGACUGCUGCCUGGCUCGAGAUCCCUACUGUGCUUGGGAUGGCAUCUCCUGCUCCCGGUACUACCCCACAGGAAUGCAGGCAAAGAGACGCUUCCGCAGACAAGACGUACGACAUGGAAAUGCAGCUCAGCAGUGCUUUGGUCAGCAGUUCAUUGGAGAAGUCUUGGAGAAGACUGAGGAGCGAUUGGUUUAUGGAAUAGAGUACAACAGCACCCUUCUGGAGUGCACCCCUCGAACCUUACAGGCAAAAGUAAUCUGGUUUGUCCAGCGAGCCCAUGAAACUAGGAAGGAAGAGGUGAAGACAGAUGAUAGAAUAAUCAAAAUGGACCUCGGCCUCUUAUUUCUGAAGCUGCAUCGGCUGGAUGCAGGGACUUAUUUUUGUCAGACAGUGGAACACAGCAUAGUUCACACUGUUAGAAAAAUCACCCUGGAAAUAGUCGAGGAAGAACGUGUAGAUGAAAUGUUCAGUAAAGACUACGAGGAGGAGAUAUCUCACAAAAUGCCGUGCCCAAUGCAGAGCAACAUACCUCAGGUAUCAAAACCAUGGUACAAAGAAUUUCUUCAACUCAUAGGUUACAGCAACUUCCAGAGAGUGGAGGAAUACUGUGAAAAAGUUUGGUGUACAGAUAAGAAGAGAAAAAAGCUGAAAAUGUCUCCAUCCAAGUGGAAAUAUGCCAAUCCUCAGGAGAAGAAGGCAAGAAUCAGGCCAGAGCACUACCGGUUGCCCAGGAACAUAGCUGACUCUUGAUGGACAAAAUCCAUCUUCUGUUUCUGGGCAAAAUUUUAUUUGGACUUCAGUAAGAGGGAAAAAUCAGCUUGGUUUUGGUAAAUGAAACAGGUUUAUAUGUAUAAAAAAUCAGGACUGAAAACAAAUAUGCUAUGGUAAGUUAUACCGUACACUCAUGACUGUU